UUUACACAAAGCUGGUCACCCUAACGACGCCAUGUCUCCGUUUGCAUGAAAAAAUUUUGUCUGCAGAAAGUGGCCGAUAAAGUUAUUAAAUAAAAGACAACAAAUAACCGCAUUUAGCAAAACGUAAAGAAUAGGAGUAUAUAAGCUAAAAAGAUGGCGCUGCAGACGUACGGUGAUAAGCCGGUGGCAUUCCAACUGGAAGAGGGCGGCGAGUACUAUUAUGUGGGCUCCGAGGUGGGAAAUUAUAUGCGCCACUUCCGUGGGAUACUUUACAAGAAGUAUCCCGGUAUGACACGAAUUGUCCUCUCCAACGAGGAGAGGAAGCGUCUCGCUGACUCUGGUCUCAGCUCCCACAUACUGGCGAGCUCAGUGUCGCUGCUGCGUGCUGUCGAAGUCGAUGACAUUAUGGCCGGCAAUGAUGAAAAAUAUCGUGCCGUUUCGGUAAACACCUCGGACACACCAGUGCCGCGCGAGAGCAAGUCGAAGAAACAGCCACAGUAUGUACCAACAAUGCCCAAUUCAAGUCACCUGGAUGCAGUGCCUCAGGCCACGCCCAUCAAUCGUAACCGUGUGCAUACCAAAAAAGUGCGCACAUUUCCAAUGUGCUUUGACGACACAGACCCGACAGCAAGUCUGGAGAAUGCUGCACAAAAGGAAUGUCUUGUUCCCAUACGCCUGGACAUGGAACUGGAGGGACAAAAGUUACGCGAUACAUUCACAUGGAACAAAAAUGAGAACAUGAUAACACCCGAACAGUUUGCCGAAGUCCUGUGCGAUGAUCUUGACUUGAAUCCCCUGCCAUUUGUUCCAGCCAUUGCACAGGCCAUACGCCAGCAAAUCGAAGCGUUUCCCAACGAUCCACCCAUUCUGGAGGAAAGCUGUGAUCAGCGCGUCAUUGUGAAACUAAACAUUCAUGUGGGCAACACGUCCCUUGUGGAUCAGGUGGAGUGGGACAUGUCCGAGAAGAACAACAAUCCCGAAGAGUUUGCCAUCAAGCUGUGUGCCGAACUAGGACUUGGCGGUGAAUUUGUUACGGCAAUUGCGUAUAGCAUACGGGGCCAGUUGUCUUGGCACUGUCGCACCUAUGCAUUCAGCGAGGCUCCAUUGUCCACCAUCGAUGUGCCCUUCCGCAAUCCGAGUGACGCGGAUGCCUGGGCACCAUUCCUAGAGACGCUAACCGAUGCCGAAAUGGAAAAGAAAAUACGCGAUCAGGAUCGAAAUACGCGACGCAUGCGACGUUUGGCCAACACAACAACCGGCUGGUAAUCAAUACAGAUUUGUUGCUAUAUUGGAAUUCAAUCGCUUAUUUCAUAAUAUAUUCUAAGGCAUUGAACACUUUUAAUAGUGUCUCAACUAAGAGUAAGCGAAAUCAACGUUCGUUUUUCAGCUCUAGUAAUAGUGAUUAUAAGUAAAUCGAAUAUUAAUAUUGGCGAGUUCUUUCGAAAUAUACUUUGAUCAAUUUGUAAUCACUAUUAAGCAAUCGUGUAUAAAUGUUGUAUGGUACAAACUGCAUUCAUCUCAGUCCAGUUUCGCUCGGCAAUAUCUAUCUAUAAAUAUUAAUAAAUACAUGUCUGUGUCUAUUUUAAAGCCAAA